AUGUAUUCUCAGUUCGAGUGCGCAGUUUGCGUACGAGGAGGGCAAGAGGAGCGUGAUCAAGAUACCCCACAGCCGCAACAAAGCUACUUUUUCAACCUUUUUGAUCUUGAAAAAGUUUGCUGUUUGUCAGCUUGGAGAGAUCUCAAGAAAUCCGCUGAUAUGAAUGGUUUAUGCUGUUGUACACCAUGCAAGCCAAGAUAUCGGCGGCUUGCGGAUUCCAUUUAUCCGCGCUCAAUUACUGAGGGUUUGAUUUCUGCUAACAUGCAGAAACUGACGUUCUAUGCUAUAUCUCAUCCUGAAAAGUUAGAAAGAAUAGGUGAAUAUUUGGUUCUACGGUUAGCAAGAGAUUUGAGCCGACAACGAUUCGUUCAAGUGAAGAUCGCAGUUGAAGCUAUGGAUCAACUACUACAGUCAUGUCACAGCUCUCCUAGUCUACCGCAGUUCAGUGAGAAUCAUUUGAAAAUGGUGCAAAAGCUCCUGGAGUCGGGAAAUCCGAAGAUGGAGCAAUUGGCUACUGAUUCAUUCGUUACUUUCUCGAACAUUGAAGAGAGUAGUCCAUCUUAUCAUAGGCAAUACGAUUUCUUCAUAUCUAAGUUCUCUCAAAUGUGCCACGGUCCUUAUGGGGAUGAUUCGAAGCUUAUACGUCUUGCAGGUUUAAAAGGAUUACGAGGAGUUGUUUGGAAAUCUGUGACCGAUGAUCUGCAUCCUAAUAUUUGGGAGCAGCAACAUAUGGAUAAGAUCGUACCUUCCAUCUUGUACAACUUGCAAGAAUCAGACGAUGUUACUUCUGGCCAUACCUCUUCUCUUUUUGAUGGUACCUUCACUGAUGAAACGGACAGAGAUGAAACACCACGAACACUUUCAGAUCGUUGUUUGAGAGAAUUGAUGGGAAAGGCUUCUUUCGGUUCUCUCCGAGCUGUCAUCGAACCUGUAUUGAAACACAUGGACUUACAUAAGCAAUGGUCGCCUCCUCCUGCCUUUGCCAUUCACGUUUUCCGAGCCAUAAUCUAUAGCAUACAAAGUCAGAACAGUUACUUUGUUAUACAGGAGCUUAUUAAUCACCUGGAUAGUAUGUGCUCUGCUGAUGCUUCAAUUAGAAUUGGAAUAGCCACAGUGCUAUCGAACAUUGUGUCUAUAGCUGGAACUAGUAUCGGACCUUUGUUACUCUCUAUUUUCAACUCGCUGUUGAAACAUUUGAGAACAUCUGUUGACUUUGAGCGAUCCGGUAAAUGCCGGGAUUUAGUAGCGGAGAAGAAAUAUCAGGAUGCUUUGAUAAACGCUAUGGGUGACUUUGCCAACGCUCUUCCUGAUUAUCAAAAGGUUGAGAUGAUGAUGUUCACUGUUGGCAAUAUACCUUCGUUGGAUGAGAAACGCAGCAGACAUGGAGACGAGUUCUUACAGCAUGUACUUGUGAAGACAUUGUUGAAAGUUGCUACAAAAUACCGAACAGCUUAUCUAGCCACGGUUUUCACGGAUUCUUUCCUGUUGACCUUGACGCAGCUUGCUCUUGUAGCCGAUCCACAAGUGCGCUUGGGAACACAAGAAAUCUUCCACACAUUGCUAGACAGACACGAUAACCUUUCACAUUUACGUCAUCUUUCUCAUGUGAUUGACGUAUCAGACGUUCAGCUAACAGUCGAGAAGUGUUCGAGGGCAGAUCAAAUGUUCAUGAGAAAGAACACCCAUAACAUCACCCAAAUGCUCUACAAAGCCAUUGUAAUGAUUGCUGAAGAUGACUUCAUAACCAGUCAUGUCGAUUCCAUUUUGUGUACGAUGAGUCUGCUGUGCAUUGAAGUUGGUUUUGAUGAGACUCUGAUUGAAUUGUUCCGUUUGGCAUUAGGAAUACAAAGCUAUGCUCUGGAUGACACCAUUGAGAUGGGAGAUCAGAAGCGAAUGGCUCUCCAUAACCUUGUCGCCAAGUUCAUGAAUCUAGCAGCUCAAUUAAUGGCUAACCCUGCUUUAUGUCAACACGUUCAACAAGUUGUAAGUACAAGAGCGAAGAGUGGACCAGUUGGAAUGAACCUUCUCGAAGAUGAAGAUGGAAACAAAGAAGAGAGUGUCAGUUUACAAGGCAUUGAAGAGCACGCUGGUAUGAUGUUUGAUAAGAAUGCUAUCUCCGAAGCUCUGAAGGCCACUGGCAAAGAUGUAUCUCGUUUGGGUAUGCCUUUCACCGUCAUUGCUACAACAACUAAUGUAGAUGCUGAUGAAACUGAUGGUUGUCCAGGAACUCCACCAUUGACAACAGCUGGCAUAGACGACGUCUCCGUAGAUCUUUCAGUAGACUGGACGCCACCAGGAAGUGCCAGACAAAGUCGUCGUAAUACCGUUUUCUCAUUGAAUAUAGUAAACAGUAACAAACAAACGGGAACUGGCUUACCAAUGUCUGUAGACGCUUUACGAACAUUCGCCAAUACUCCUAUUGAUCAAGCAGAGGAGGAAAAGAAAGAGCGGGAAACUAUUGCUGCAACUCUGGAAGAUGUCAGACGUCCUUUCGAUAUUCGAUGUGAAGAAGCAAUUUCCAGAGGAGACACAUCAGACCUUUCACGUACAGUUGGAAGAUUACUUGCUCGUAAUGCGGAAACGGUGAAACUGGCCGAUAUUGGACGUCCUGCUAAGCCCAAAAAUAUAUUUGAUAUGGAAUUCCCUGCAUUUGCUUAUUAA